GUUGUGGUGGAACAGGGAUAGAGAUAAGCUGCUCUGCCCAUUCUCAUUUCCACCUGCCAAUAUUCCCAGACCAAUAUGACUAAGCUCGUGCUCCUCCUCCGAGGAGCUGCACUACUGCUUUGUCUAUUGAUUUCCCAAGCAACAUCCACUUCCCAUGGCCAAGCGAGUGUGUCAGGAGUCUGCAUCGCAAGCGAGCGAGAUGCGCUUCUAUCCUUCAAGGCAAGCCUCCUCGACCCUGCUGGCCACCUCUCAUCAUGGCAGGGUGAGGAUUGUUGCCAAUGGAAGGGAGUCCGCUGCAGCAACAGAACGGGCCAUCUCAUCAAGCUCAACCUCCGCAACGUCGACAUGGUCCACUACAUGGACGACUACAUGUACGACUACAGCUACCCGAACAGGAGCAGAUCAUUGAGCUUGUCGGCGGGGGAGAUGAGCUCUUCUUUGGCCACUUUACAACACCUGAGGUAUCUUGAUCUGAGCUGGAAUGACUUCAACGGCACAAGCAUCCCUGUCUUCCUGGCUUCUCUAAAGAACCUAAGGUAUCUCAACCUCUCCUCGGCAGGAUUCGGUGGCAGAAUACCUUCCCAACUUGGCAAUCUCUCAAAGUUGCAAUAUCUUGAUCUCAGUGGGAAUUAUAAUUAUGGUUUGUCUUACAUAGUGGAUCUUGCAUGGUUGCCACGUCUCUCCUUGUUGAGUCAUCUUGACAUGAGCGGUGUGGAUCUUAGUUCUGCGAGGGAUUGGUUUCAAAUGGUUAACAUGCUUCCUUCUCUUAAGGUGCUUCACUUGUCCGAUUGUGGACUCAACAGUACCGUGUCUGGUAGUAUACCACAUUCCAACCUCACAAAUCUCGAAGUCCUUGAUAUGUCCGAGAACAACUUCCACACUUCACUGAAGCACGCGUGGUUUUGGAAUCUCACAGGCCUUAAAGAGCUUCACCUCUCAGAUUCCGGCUUGGAAGGGUCCAUUCAUAGUGAUUUGGCAUACAUGACGUCCCUUCAAGUCAUAGACUUUAGUUGGAACAAUCUCGUGGGUUUGAUACCAAACAAAUUAGAAAAUUUGUGCAAUUUGACAAGGAUAAAGUUCAAUGGUAACAACAUAGGUUCAAGCAUAGGGGAGUUUAUGGGGCGAUUGCCAAAGUGCUCAUGGAAUACACUGCAAGCAUUGUCAGUGCGGGCUGGAAAUAUGACCGGGAAUCUGCCCCUUUGGAUAGGGAACAUGACCAAUCUUAGUGUUCUUGAAGCAUCUGAAAACAGGUUGACUGGCCCUCUGCCUGUAGGAGUUGGAGCACUGAGAAGUUUGAAAAGGCUGUACCUCGGGUACAAUAACUUCAACGGCGUGCUCUUGAAAGAGCAUUUUGCAAGCUUAGGAAAAUUAGAGGCUUUGGACCUCGGCUACAAUAACUUCAGCGGUGUGUUCUUCAAUGAACAUUUUGCAAGCUUAGGAAAAUUAAAGUAUUUGGGCCUCAACUACAAUAAUUUGAGCGGUGCGCUAUUGAAUGAACAUUUUGCAAGUUUUGGCAACUUAAAAGUUUUGGACCUCAGCUACAACAAAUUCAGUGGAGUGCUCUUCACGGAAGAUUUUGCAAGUUUGGGUAAUUUGGAGUAUUUGGACCUCAGCUAUAAUAACUUUAGUGAUUUUCUUUGUAAAGAACACUCAACAAGUUUAAGUAAUUUGGAGCAUUUGGACCUCAGCCAUAAUAAAUUAAAGAGUGUGUUCGUGGGUGGGCAUUUUACAGGCCUAUUGAAUUUGAAGUAUCUGGACUUGUCAUACAACUCUGUGAGAUUAGCUAUCAACCAAAAAUGGGUCCCUGCAUUUAGGUUGAAGUACGCAAUAUUCCGGUCAUGUCAAUUGGGCCCUAGGUUUCCUGAGUGGCUCAAAUGGCAAUCUGACAUUGAUGUUCUUGUUCUCAGUAAUGCAAAUCUGGAUGAUGUUAUUCCUGACUGGUUUUGGGUUACAUUUUCCCGAGCUUCCUUCUUGCAAGUAUCAGGAAACAAAUUGCAUGGGUCAAUACCAUCAGAUCUACAACACAUGUUAGCUGAUCAUAUAUAUCUUGGGUCCAAUAAGUUUACAGGUCAAGUCCCGCGGUUGCCUUUAAAUAUAGCACGACUGAACCUAUCUUCAAACUUUUUAUCCGGGACAUUGCCAUUAGGGCUAAAUGCUCCACUACUCGAAGAGUUGUUGCUUGCAAAUAAUCAACUCACAGGCACCAUCCCAUUGUCUAUAUGCCAAUUGACUGAACUGAAAAGGUUGGACCUAUCAGGAAACCAUUUAACAGGAGAUAUUAUGCAGUGUUGGAAGGAAUCUGAUGCAAACUCUACAAAUCAAUUUGGUUGGGACAUGCGCAGCUUAGCCCUGAAUAACAACGAUCUCACUGGUGAAUUCCCUAAAUUUCUUCAGAGAUCAUCACAAUUGAUGUUCAUUGAUCUUUCCUAUAAUAGGUUGUUUGGAGCAUUGCCAGAAUGGUUACCAGAAAAGAUGCCACAAUUGAAAAUAUUAAGAGUGAGAUCAAAUAUGUUCAGUGGCCAUAUUCCUAAGGAUCUCACUUCCUUGGACAAUCUUCAUUAUUUGGACAUAGCACACAAUAGCAUAUCGGGAAGUAUACCAUGGUCUUUGUCAAACCUGAAGGCAAUGAUGACAGUGGUGUCACAGGACACCGAGUCUUACAUUUUUGAAGAGAGCAUCCCAGUAAUCACAAAGGACCAGAAGCGUGACUACACCUUUGAAACGUACAAGCUGCUGAUGAUUCUUGAUUUGUCUAGUAACAAUUUGGCAGGAUAUGUUCCAGAGGAGAUAACUUUACUCAUUGGGCUUACCAAUCUGAACCUGUCAAAUAAUGAACUCACCGGAGCAAUCCCAAACCAAAUUGGUGAUUUAAGGCAGUUGGACUCACUCGACCUAUCCUCCAAUGAGUUCUCUGGUUCAAUACCAUCAAGUUUGUCAGCCUUAACUUAUUUGAGCCACUUGAACUUGUCAUACAACAAUCUAUCCGGUGCAAUACCAUCCGGACAACAGCUACAAGCUCUUGAUAAUCAGAUGUAUAUCUACAUCGGUAACCCUGGUCUUUGUGGAGAUCCUGUCGGCAGGAACUGCUCAACACAUGAUGCAGAGCAAAGUGACCUCGAAGAUAUAGAUCAUAUGCCAUCUGUUUAUCUUUCCAUGAGCAUUGGAUUUGUGGUGGGUCUGUGGACAAUUUUGUGCACCAUGUUGAUGAAGAGAACCUGGAGGGCUGCCUUCUUCCAGUUUAUUGAUAUGACAUACGACAUGGUUUAUGUGCAAGUGGCUAUAAGGUGGGCUCAUAUGGUGGAGAAAAAUCAAGACGGGGCACCAUGAAGUGCCCAACUCCGCGCCAAGCGAAUUGCGAGUAUCUAAAUAGUAUUUGUAUGUUUGCACCAUAUCACUAUUUGUAGCUCUAAAUGAGCCUUGGCUGGAUGUCUGUACUCUAUUGUAUUGUUAUUUGUAUGUUUGCACCAUAGCUCUAUAUGUAGCUCUGGGGGAGUUUGUACCGUAUUGUAUUGGUAUUUGUACGUCCAUACUUUAACAAUUGAAGUGUAUGUAUAUGUUCUGCUGGAUUGCUUAAGCUGAAGAAA